CUCUGUCUUUCGUUCGUAUACUUGCAAUUGGCAUCCACUCUUUUUAUCAUUCAACAUGUUCAAUUCUUUAUCUUUCUCUACUGCGGCCUUGGCUGCUCUACUUCCCCUCCUGGCCAAUGCGCAGAUAGCCAGAGUCAGUCCAGCAUACAAUUAUGAAUUCCAGUUCCCUCUUCCGAUCAUGCCGGUGAAGACACCUACCACGUCUUAUACCAACGCUACCACUGGCGUUACGAUCGACUUUUACGAAGUCAAGAUGCAGGCAUUGACCAAGAAUUUAUUCCCCGACCUUGGAGAUGCAAGCUUGAUUGGGUACGACGGUAUGGUGCCGGGGCCUACCUUUCGCAUUCCAAAGGGUAGAGAGACCCCUCGGUUCAUCUACAUGGGUCGUACAGUAACAUUCGACGGAUGGGCGGAGGAUAUUAUCCAACCGGGGGAGUUCAAGGACUACUAUUAUCCCAACAGCCAAACCUCCAGAACUCUUUGGUACCAUGAUCAUGCGGUUGGAAUAACCUCUUUGAACACUUAUGCCGGUCUCGCGGGAAUGUACAUCCUUGAAGAUGCCGCUCAGGACGAAGCCCUCGACCUCCCCCGUGGAAACUACGACAUCCCCUUGAUAUUGAACUCCCACAGAUACACCGCGAGCGGCAACAUCACGAACGAAUCGGCCGAGCUGAUAAGCGUGUACGGGGAUACCUUCUCCGUCAACGGCCAGAUCCUCCCGCACCUUGUGGUGGAGCCGCGCAAGUACCGUUUCCGCCUACUCAAUGCCGCCGCGAGCCGGACCUUCAACGCCACGCUCCGGGCCGGGGACUCACUGACGAACAAGAAAUUCCACGUUAUCGGCUCUGACGCCGGGCUGAUGUCCAACCCCGUGGAGACCGAAUCGCUCGUUUCCGCCAUGGCAGAAAGAUGGGAGAUAGUCAUUGACUUUUCCGACGUCGCUGGCCAGAACGUGACGAUGUACCAAGCGAACUGCUUCGUCGAUACGGCAUACACCGGCUCUGACAAGAUUAUGCAAUUCCGUGUCGGUACCACGGUCUCCUCGGAAGUCGGUAACGGCCCUCUCCCCGCGACGCUCGUGGACCUGAACAUACCGACGGAUCACGAGACCAUCGACCAAACAUUUGCAUUCGGAAGAACCAGCGGGCAGUGGACUAUCAACGGACGAACAUUCUCAGAUGCUGCUAAUAGAAUCCUUCGUAACGUCCCGCGUGGAACAACCGAGAAGUGGAGGCUCACCGGCGGAAAUGGAUGGUCGCACCCUGUGCAUCUUCACCUGGUUGACUUCCAGAUUGUCUCCAGAGUGAAGGCAAACCAGAAUUUGACCACUGGUAGGAACGGGCUGACGCCCUAUGAAGCUGCCGCUCUCAAGGAUGUUGCUGCCUUGGGUGACAACGAGAUUGUUACCCCCUGGGACGGCGUAUACAUGUUCCACUGCCACAAUACCAUUCACGAAGACCACGACAUGAUGGCGGCAUUCAAUGUGACUGCGCUCCCGGACUUUGGUUACCCAGAAUCAACCAAGUUUGAAGAUCCCAUGGAACCUCGCUUCAGGGCUGCGGCGUAUACCGGCUCGUCCCUUGAUGAGGUCCAGGAAAAGUUGGAGUUUUUCUCCUCGCUAUCAGCUUAUAAUGAUGUUGCUGGUAUUCUAGCUGCAUUGGAGGAGUAUUACGAGAACCAAUCUUGAGUUGGGAUUUGCUUUUUUGUAGGGAGGAGGGAGGGAGGAUUGAUUAAUUUGCAUUUAAUAGCUGACUUACUUACCGCAACUCACCACUAAUUUUUCACAUUGUCACCCAUACUUGACCUCGUUUCCUUUUUGUAUGAUAGCCAUUUUGAUACUUUGGGGGAGGGCUUUGUACAUUCGUUUGUUCGAGUAUGCGAGUGGAUUGACUGAG